AUGAGCCAGACUCAGUCGAGCUACCGCACGGUAGCAUAUUUCGUCAAUUGGGCGAUUUAUGGAAGGAACCAUCAGCCACAAGAUCUGCCUGCGGACAAGCUCACCCACAUCUUGUACGCCUUCGCAAAUGUGCGGCCCGAGACCGGCGAGGUAUACUUGACGGAUUCGUGGGCCGACUCCGACAAGCACUACCCGAGCGACUCAUGGAACGAUGUUGGCGACAACCUCUAUGGCUGUCUGAAGCAAUUGUAUCUGCUCAAGAAGCGCAAUCGUCGCAUGAAGGUCCUGCUCAGCAUCGGUGGAUGGACUUACAGCUCGAAUUUCGCCGCACCGGCCUCCACUGAAGCUGGCCGUAAAACCUUCGCGGACUCCGCCGUCGCUCUGCUCCAGAACUAUGGAUUUGAUGGUCUGGACAUAGAUUGGGAAUACCCCAAGGAUCCCACAGAAGCCGCCAAUUUCACGCAGCUGCUUCAGGUGACUCGUCAUGCUCUGCAGAGCUACGAACAGACUCUCCCAGCGCCUCAGCCACACUUUCUGCUCACGGUAGCUUCGCCGGCGGGCUUGUCUAAUGCGCGACAUAUGGAGAUCACGGCCAUGGACCAGCAGCUGGACUUCUGGAACCUGAUGGCCUACGACUUUGCAGGCUCCUGGGACUCCACGGCGGGUCAUCAGGCGAACGUCUUCCCUUCGUCGGAGAACCCAGCCGCGACGCCAUUCAGCAUUGACGCUGCUGUCCAGCACUACAUCAGCCAGGGAGUUGCGCCGUCCAAGAUUGUUCUUGGUAUGCCUCUGUAUGGUCGUGCUUUCGCACAGACCGAUGGCCCAGGAAAGCCCUACAGCGGUUUGGGUGAGGGCACCCCUGAGCAAGGCAGCUGGGAAAAUGGCGUUUGGGAGUACAAGGCUCUUCCUCGUCCGUCCGCAACGGUCAACCACGAUCCCGGAUUGGUUGCUUCUUGGUCGUACGAUCCUUCGACACGAACCAUGAUCACUUACGAUGACCCACAAGUCGCCGCGCAAAAGGUACAGUACAUACAGCAACGCUGCCUCGGCGGUGCUAUGUGGUGGGAGAGCAGCGGCGACUACAAGGCCGACGGCAGCGGCCCCGGACAGAGCCUCAUCGCGCUGGUCGCCAAUGCUCUAGGCGGUUAUGGAGGGAAACAUCUCGAUGCGGCUGAGAAUGAACUGAGAUAUCCGGCAAGCAAAUAUGAGAACCUGAAAGCAGGAAUGCCGCAAGAAUAG